AUGCCUCCAGACCGGGGCCGAGCAUCUAGAGCAUGCACCUCAUGCCGAAAACAAAAGACAAGGUGUUACGAACCCGGCAUUCCAGGACGAGCAUGUCUCCGUUGUGAUCGACUGCGACAAAGCUGUUCACUCGUCCGAAUAGACCUCUCGGAUGAAGAAUCUGUAGUGCCCGCACCUGCCACGGGCACGGAUGCACGGUAUGCAGGAGAAAACCCGCCUUCAAAGUCGAAAUCACAAUCUAACAAGUUCUAUAGCCUGGAGCGUCUGGAAAAGAGUGUAGCGACUCUUCUUGAUCGCCUUGGUGAAGGUCCUGCUGCCAGGAGUCCGGGAGAGUUCAGUAGGCCUACUACCGCACAGACGAGUCCGGUCUCUGAUGCGUAUAAGGAAGCGGAAACCUCCGCCCCGAUUAUGGUCAUCCGCGAUCUGGCAACGGAUAACGGCAUGAAACCUGUUUCCGAUGCUAGGUCUUUGAUGGUUGUUUUGGAUGAUCUUAUUUCGCCUGAUCUUGGUCUUACGCUGAUUACAAUCUUUUUGGAAUAUUACGGUAGAUGGGUUCUUUUUGACCCUCAAUGUGAACCUAGUGAUCUUCUCCGCCAGGUGAAAAAAUCAACCUUGCUAUUCUGCGCUUGCUGUCUGAUCGCUGUUCGGCACACUUCCGAAGAACUUGCUGCAACCCUUGCUCCUAAGCUCUAUGAGUAUGCACGUUCACUGGCUUCCACGACGCUUCUGGUUGCUCCGCAGCCAAUUGAGUUCUUUCAGGCAACUUUAAUACUAUCUAUGUGGUCUACGACCGUGGGCCAGGUGCCUUUGAGUAUUGACAGCUGGCUGCUGAGCGGAUUUGCUUUGCAGCACUCCCAGUCAAGUCCUCUGUUUACUACUGUUACGACCCAGUCACCUCCUCCAAAUCGAUUGGAUGAGGAAACUAUGGCCCAUUGCUACUUGUGGAAUCAUCUUUGCCUCGCUCAUAUGCAUUACUGUGUUGGGACGAGUCGUCGGUCUAUGUUGCAGCCUUGGCAGAUUGAGAGAUGUCGUGCUAUCAUCGCGUCAGAUCAUGCCAUCAAUUUUGAAGUGCGCAUGGUUGCAGAGAUUCAUCUCUACUGGACGGUUUAUGAACACCUAAUCCAAGAAUCCGUGGACCUGCUGAAAUCUGUGGCAGCUUUGCAGACCUGGCGACGAAAAUGGGAGUUCGUUCUUGAGCAACCGAGAUCGCAGUUUCUCUCAAUGGGCUUCCACUUCUCUCACCUCCUUCUUUACGAACAUUCCCUGAAAUCGAAAUCCGCACGAGCUCGCGAGUCUGUAGUCUCAGAAAUGAUUCGGCAUUCUACCGCAAUUGUUCAUCUAGCCAUGGAUACAGUAGACGAGCGCACACGUCAUCUAACCGACCAUAUCUACCACAUGAUUACAUUUGCAGCCAUUGUCAUCUGUCGCUUGCUGAAUGCCUACCGCGAGCAGGUAGCCUCAACUCACAGUGUCGAUGAGCUGGAAUCGCUGGUUCAUGACCUUGUGCAGUGGCUCUACUGUAUUGGCUUGCCUUGUCAUGCCGCGCAUACUUUGGGAAAUAUCAUUGCCAAGGUGCAUCAGAAAUUGAGACCUUGUGUGGAGGAGGCAUCACCACCACAUACCCAGCCUGACGAAAUACUUGGUGAAUUCAACAAUUAUUAUUUCCCGGAGUUCUUGGGGCUGGGGAUGUCUUCUGAUGGGAAUUGGGAUCUUCUCUCUAAUAUGGGUCUCUUCCAGCACAGUUCAUCUCUUCCUAGGAGGCCGGAUUGA